ACUGAAGGAAAGUAAAGCCAGUGCACAUCACAGACGUCAGUACAACUGGUGUUCGGUUAUCAGCGGGAAGUGAUGGCUACGCAAGAUGAGGUUGGAAUUGGUGAUUUCGUCCUUUUGGACGAAAUCACCAUGGAAACUUUUAUGGAAAACCUUAAAAGAAGAUUUCAAGGUGGAAAGAUAUACAGCUAUAUAGGAGAAGUGUGCGUUUCUGUCAAUCCAUACCGAACUAUGAAUAUUUAUGGGCAAGAAUAUAUCACUCAGUAUAAAGGAAGAGAAUUCUUUGAAAAUCCACCCCAUAUAUUUGCAAUAGCAGAUGCAGCUCAUAAAGAAAUGAAGCAGCAGGGACGUGAUACAUGUAUAGUUAUUAGUGGUGAGUCAGGAAGUGGAAAGACAGAAGCCUCAAAAAUAAUAAUGAAGUAUAUAGCUGCAGUGACCAAUUUAGGUGGUCGGCAGGAAGUCGAGAGAGUGAAAAAUGUUCUUCUCCAGUCAAAUGCAAUUCUUGAAGCAUUUGGAAAUGCAAAAACGAAUAGGAAUGACAAUUCCUCCAGGUUUGGAAAGUACAUGGACAUAAACUUUGAUUUCAAAGGAGAUCCAGUGGGAGGCCACAUUAAUAAUUACUUAUUAGAAAAGUCAAGAGUAAUUUUACAACAGAAAGGAGAAAGAAAUUUUCAUAGUUUUUACCAGUUGCUUGGUGGUGCAAGUGAACCAGAGCUUAAGGAAUUCCAGCUCAGUCGUGACCCCGGAAACUAUUUUUACACUCGACAAGGAAAUGCUUCAAAAGUAGAGGCAAUCAGUGAUAGGUCAGAUUACAAAGCAACUGUUGGAGCAUUCAAAACAUUGGGGUUUUCCAGUGCUGAAACAGAUACAGUCUGGAAAAUUGUGGCAGCAAUUCUUCACUUGGGUAAUGUGGAAUUUACUUCACAAGAUGAUAUUGCUCGGCCAGUAGACCAAGGAGCAGUAAGCCGUGUAGCAUCUAUGCUUAGUGUGGUACCAGCUGAGCUGACUAAGGCACUAAGUGAAAGGGUUAUAGCAGCUCGUGGGGAAGUCAUGCAGAAGACCCACAACCAGUCAGAAGCCGAGUAUGGCAGAGAUGCAUUAGCCAAGGCUGUGUAUGAUAGAUUAUUCACAUGGAUUGUGGGAAAAAUAAAUGAGACACUUGGUAGUGGUGAUCUUCAGAUGAAGAAGUCAUACAUGGGUACAGUGAUUGGUGUGCUAGACAUAUAUGGAUUUGAAAUAUUUGAUACAAACAGUUUUGAACAGUUUUGUAUUAAUUAUUGUAAUGAGAAGUUACAGCAACUCUUUAUUGAACUUGUUCUUAAGCAGGAACAAGAAGAGUACUGUCGUGAAGGAAUUGAGUGGAAGAACAUAGAGUACUUUAAUAAUCAAAUCAUCUGUGACCUAGUGGAGCAACCACACAAAGGUGUUUUAGCAAUAUUAGAUGAGGCUUGCCUGACUGUUGGAAAGAUUACAGAUGAGAUGCUGCUGGAAGCUAUGGAUGAAAAACUGUCUAACCAUGAACAUUUCACAAGUCGCCAGCUAAAUCCAAUGGACAAGGAACUAAAGCAUAAAGUAGAGUUUCGCAUUAGGCACUACGCAGGAGAUGUGGUGUAUAACAUCAUUGGUUUUCUUGACAAGAACAAAGAUACUUUGUUUCAAGAUUUCAAGCGACUUCUUUUCAACUCGUCUAAUAAGUUAAUUAGCAGCAUGUGGCCUGAAGGUGCAAUGGAUAUAACAAAGACAACCAAAAGGCCACUGACAGCAGGGACCUUGUUCAAAAACUCCAUGAUUGCUUUAGUGAAGACUCUGAAGAGCAAGGAACCAUUCUAUGUCCGGUGCAUUAAGCCAAAUGAUGUGAAAUCUGCUAGUGUAUUUGACUCUGAGCGAGUGGAACACCAAGUGCGAUACCUCGGGCUCUUGGAAAAUUGCAGAGUGCGCAGAGCAGGAUUCGCGCAUCGCCAGAGUUACACAAAGUUUCUUAAACGGUAUAAGAUGAUAUCACAUUAUACAUGGCCUAACUUCAGAGCUGGCACUGACAAAGAGGGGACACGAAUGCUCAUUGAUGAAAAGGGAUUUUCACAUGAUGUCAAAUAUGGGCACACAAAAAUAUUUAUUCGUUCACCCAGAACACUUUUUGCUUUGGAACAGGCAAGAAACCAGCUAAUCCCGGGCAUUGUGAUCCUGCUUCAGAAACUGUGGCGUGGCACAAUAUGUAGGAUUCGUUACAGGAAGAUGAAAGCAGCACUAUGCAUAUUUAGGCACUACCGAAAGUACAAGAUCAGGAGCUACAUGAUCCAGUUGCAGACUGCCUUCAUGCAUGUGAAAUCACUACGGGAUUAUGGAAAAACUAUUAUAUGGCCAUCACCACCAGUGGCUGUACGCCCUCUAGUGCCCCUUCUGAAAAAUAUUUACAGUCGUUGGAGAGCAUGGAUGAUCCUAAGGCCAAUUCCAAGAGAUGAAUGGCCACAGCUGAAGCUCAAGAUUAUAGCUGCAUCAGCACUGCGAGGGAAACGUGCACACUGGGGGCAAACACGCAAGUGGGAAGGCAAUUAUCUUGCCCAGAGUAGUGAAAACCAGAAUGCCAAUCUUUUCAUGACAAGUGUUAAUAGCCUUCGUUCAUCAGACAGGUUCCAGAAGGUCCUAUUCUCAUCAUUCAUUCGCAAGACAAACAGGUUCAGCAAAUGUGCUGACAGAGCUUUGCUCAUAACUGAGAAUAUGCUGUACAAACUGGAAACAAAUAAGUUCAAACCAAUGCGAAAGGGCUCUUCAAUUUCAGAGGUAACUGGCCUGAGUGUUAGUCCUGGACGGGACCAGCUAAUAGUAAUACACUCCAACAAAGGCAAUGACCUUGUGGUGUCUUUACAGGCAAAUGAAGAUCGAAUUGGAGAACUGGUUGCCAUUCUAUGUUCUCGUUACCAUGAGUUCCGCGGCAGUGAUCUGCCGGUUACAGUCAGCAGUAGCUUCCAGUGUAUGCUGGGCAACAAGAGCCUUCCUGUAAGGGUCGAAGUAUCUGCAGAUUCACAAGCAGCAGAUUUCAGGCGUGAUGGCAGUGCUAUUGUUUACACAUUACCAUCCAGUUAUGCAUCAAUCAUGGAAAAUGGACAACAACAGAAGAUUGCAGCAUGAUAAUGACAGAUGAAAUUGGAGCAUGGAGGGUUAACUUGUAACGACAGUUUUGAUGCUUGGCACUCCACAGCAUCAAUGUACCUUCAAGCUACAAAUAAAUUAUUUAUUGUGUAACUGGUGUUGGAAACUAGGCAUCAUCAGCAAUCUUACACCGACACUAAUCACAUCCGAGUGUAUAUUUGUUAGUAACUAUCAGUUUUUCUUUUCUGGAGAAACACUAAAAGUAGUUACCUAAUACAUGUUAUGCCAACAUAGAUGUGAUUAGUGCCAGUUUAGGUUCCUGAAGAUAAGUUGGUCCCACACACUGGACAAGCAAUAAAUAAUUUGUAUACAGUUUAAGUUUGGUUAAAAAAGGCUUUUAUGAAGAUAAAUUGUAUAAAGAAUACUUUUUAUAUAAGAUGAUUCUUAAUGUAUUGGCUGCGGUUAGUAUUCUCAGCUGGAGAAAUUUUCUUACUGCAAAGUUUGUUUCCCCUUUGCAGAACAAAGAUGUUGAACAGCAUGGUUUGUUAUUUAAAAGUGUUGUAGUAAAGUUGGGUAUUUUACAGUAGCUACCAGUUAUCUUAAAUUAAUCCUGUUAAAAAGUUACACAAUCAGUAGCUACCAGCUGACAAUCUUAAAUUAAUCUUGUUAAAAAGUUACACAAUACAUUUUGGGUGAGGAACUUGAGCCUUUCCUUUCAUAUUUAUGUCAUAAAAUUAUUUCUGUGGCUCGUUACAUUGUACAUCCUUCAUAUAUUUUUGUGUGAUUGUGUGUGUGUGUGUGUGUGUGUGUGUGUGUGUGUGUGUGUGUGUGUGUGUGUGUGUGUACACCUAAAUGUUCUUUUUCUUACUUCACUUUAAGUAUCGCUGGGGACUGAAGCAAAGUGCAAUGUAGUUAAAUUUUUGUAUGACUUUGAUUUCAAAAGAAAAUUGUGGGAUGAAGGGCAGCCUGGUUGAUUACUGAUCAAUGAAAGCCAAAUUUAAUGUACAGUAUUUUACAAAGUCACAUUUUUGUAUGUGCUAAUUUACAGUUUGAACUGUAUUUAAUGACUUGAUGUAGUACCAUUAAGAAGCAAGCUGAUGUAUUUGUAGAAUUUUCAGUCAUUGCUAUAGAACUGAAUGAGCUCCUAUGAGAUGUAUUUAUUCAUAAUGAUAAUGUGCCAUGGCAUUUUUUUUAUUUUCAAAGAUCAGUAACUAUUGAACUGACGAACUGCAGUUUGUAAUAAAGAUUUCAUAACCUAGCCCUCCCUACCCAUAGAGAGCUGUGGACAACUUAAUGUGUCAUCAUUUAACAGUUCAGUAAUUGAUAUAGGCUAAUAUUUACCCCAAGGAGUUGUUUAAUAGUGCAAAUAUUAGCGAUCCAUCACCCCUCCCCUCCCCCCCGGCCCCUGCCCUCCUCAAGGAUUCUCUCUCUCUCUCUCUCUCUCUCUCUCUCUCUCUCUCUCUCUCUCUCCCUCCAUCUCCAUCUUUUCUGACAUCCCUUUUUUUAACUGUACUCACUAUGUUUCUCAGCUGCUAUAAAAGGAAAGUUGUACAGUUAUAUAGUUGCAUUUUAGAUUAUUUUAAUUUUUUAUAUAACUUCUGUGUAUUGAGUAGUUGAGCUUUUGCAUACGUCUUGCAGUAAUACAAUAAAAGUUAUUUCAAAUUGAUGAAAAUAUUUUAAGAGCAUAUAUUUUUAUUGUAAAAUUUAGAAAAUGUUUUGUAUUAAAUGCUGUUAUAGAAAUGGUAUGUUUAACAUUUAUGAAAUUGAUGUUACACUAAAAGUGAAACGUGUGACACAUUAUAUUAUAACAACAGCUCUGUUUUUAUGAGGCUGACAUUAUAUUUCUAUUUUAUUUAUCAGUAAUGUGUAUUCUUAAUUGUAAGAGCAGAAAUAGGAGCAGAACAUUGUGAAAUGGUGCUAAACAGGAAAGACUAAUGUAAGUAAAUUUUAAAAAAAGUACAAAUUGCACAUAAUUUCACUUGAAGUGCCUUAGAAAUGCUUUCCUAUGAUGUGAUAUUUUUAAUUUUUCUUGUAUAAAAUAUAGCAUUAAACAGUGUUAUUCAAACUGUAAAUAUGUAAUUCAUAGUAUUAAAUUUGUUCCUCUGUGAUGUUGCCACACUAAUUUUUCUUAUCAACAGUAGAAUGAUACAAGAAAUCAGUUUCUGAAAUUAUUACAUAUGAAUGUCUCACCUCUUCUCUGUUUUAAGUUUCUGAGCAUAAAAUUAUAACAUGUGGUUGGUGAUUUUUCCUGUGAAUAUAUUCAAACAAUGCUGUUUUACUACAGUUUUCUGAUGCCCUGAUUUAACUGGAGGUCUUAAAAAAAUUAUGGUGUAAAUUAUAUUGCUCAUCAUGAAUUUUUCUGUACAUUCUCACAUAACAGAAUAACAAUUGCUUUGUUCCCUACAAUGCAUCCAGUUCUGUAGUUUGUCUCCAUUUUUUGUGCCUGUUUUAUUUGUGAAGAAACUGUAAUCCAUUUUAUAUUUACCUGUGCUGAUAAUAUAUUCUCGAAUCCUUAGUUCCAUGCUUUGCAAUGGUUAUCAGCAUUUGAACACUGGCUGGAAUAAAAUUCUGAAGUUCAUGGAACGGUUAAUUCAUUUGAAUGUUUAAUUAGUGACGGAGUUUCUUACAGAUUUUACAGUCAGGCAUUUAAAUUUGUAUGAAUGUUUCACGUAAAAAAAUAAUGUCUCAUGGUAUCCCAUAUGCCUUCAUGAUGAAUGCUUAAUUUCCAGUAACUACUGAUGUUCUCUGACCUGCGUGACCUGGAAGUGACCACAUUGUAGCUUAACUGUUGGUGUGCACAUAUAAUUUGCAGUUACAACAUUGAAAGACAUUUUCUACCACCUAUUUUGGAACAUAAAUAAAAAAAAAUAAAGUUAGUUUGGUCUUUUACAGUAAUGUAAUUGGGCUUCUUGCAGAAAAUUUUGAAUAAUCUGAUAUUUAAUGCAUUUACAGUGUCCAUAUUUGAUUAAUUUUUCAAUACUUUUUGGUUGUAAUUUUGUGCAGCCAAGAAAUGUACUUAAUGUAUGAUAUGUUAAAUGAGCUAAUGUUGUUACCAAUGUAUUAUUGUAGUCGUUAUGAGUUUCAGUGAUUGUGUUCAGUUGUGCCAUUAUGAAAGUAAAGAUUUCAAUUCUGGAUGAGUGCUUUAUGUCUUCAAUUACUCUGUUUUGAUUAACAGUUGACUCUAUAAUAUGUGAGACUGGGGAAAAUAAUUCCCAUUUUAUGACUUUUUUUGAUGGUGGAGGUCAUUUUCCAUAUGGGAAUACAGUAUUAACAGUUAUAUAGCACACCCUUGUGUGAUAGUUGUGCCAUAACAUCACAAAAAAUUGCUAGAAAAUGGUAUGGAAUACAUAUUCAUGUUUCAAUACUAUGAAAUUAAUUAAUGUAAGAAUUGAAUGUUUUAUAGAAUGAUCCAGAAUGAUAAUGCGACCAAAUAAAAUAGAAAAAAUAUAUUCUUUAUUAGUGGUGACAGACUGAAAGAAAAAUCAAUUUUUGGUAAUAAUGCCUAUGGAGCUCUGCUUCCUUCAUGUCAUUUAUUUUUUGUUGGGCAGAAGAACUGAUAGUUCCAAAUGUUAAUAUAUCUGACAGACUAUAUUUUGUGAGUGGAUCUGCUGAUAUGUGAUGAGUAUACAUUAUUCUAUUUUUAUUUGCUCAUAGUAUUUGUUUAGAGAUGUAGAAUUCACAGCCAGUAUUUUUAAAACUGUCAGUAUUUAUUAACAGUGUGUUUCAUCAAAGAGCGAUAUUCUGGAAGAUCCUCAAUAAAUGUGUCCUUAAAGAAAAAAAUGUGAACUUUGUAAGUUUAAAGAAAUAUUACUACAAGAAACAAAUUUUAUGUACAUCAGUAUUUAUAUUGUAUUUAAAAAUAGUGGGUGUUAAAAUUUAAAAUUUGUUUAUGGUUGUGGCUCUUGUGAUGCGUUCCCUAGCUGCACUGUGUGCACCACAUUUUAAUGAAAGAUAUGUGCUACUGGUGCUCUUUGCACAGAAAAGUAUAAGAACAGAGUAAACUGUAACAGGAGAUAAUUGGAAAUAAAAAUUAUGAAUCUGA